UUAAAGCUGUUUCUUGAUGAAGUCUAAUAGCCAUGGUUCGUUUUAAAAAUAGAUAUAUAACUGUUGAGAUAGUAGCUCCUUUAGUUCCAGAAGACAAACCAUUGCAGCUAAAACCGAAAAUAUUCCAUGACACUAUUUUAAGUAAAAUUCAGCAGAUGCAUGGUGAUUUUGGUGUUGCUGCUGUAAGUGUAACAAAUGGAUUUCUAACAAAAUAUUGCAACGAACAUACGAGAAUAGGGAUCAUAAGAUCAAGACAUGGACCACAUAGGUUCGUUACUAGUAGUCUUCCAUUUAUUACUAAAAUAGGUAAUCUUGAUGUUAGGCUCAAUACACUACAUGUGGGUGCCACUCUUAAGCAUAGUUUCAAGUUCAUACAAAAGCAUCAGAGAACUUAUUUAGAUACUAUGUGGUGCAAAUUAAAAACGGAUGAAGAAAGACAAAAGUUAGAAGCUGCCGUCCUGGACUAUACAAAAACUGAUGUUGCUAUAAAUAUAGAAAAUAUUACAUAACA